UAAAAGAGAGAUUAUGAAACGGAAUUACAUACUUACCCUCGACAACUUGGCAACGUUCCAAUUUGAAAGAGUAUAACAGAUAAGGCAUAAUCUCAUCUAAUUGAAGAUAGUUUACAUAGAAAACUAGUUCUAGAGUUUAUUCAGUGUGGCCUAUCCUUCAACUUAAAAAUGGCUGCGCUUAACUUUGGCAUAGCCACAACAAAUGUGAACUCCGCUUCUGGUUUUCGAUCCAGACCCAAAUUCAACCAACGCAAAUCCACAAUUGUCUGCAUUGGAUGGGAUCCCGAAGGCAUACUGGCCCCACCCAGUGGCGGUCAUAUCGCUCGCCAACGGUUUCGUAAAAGCAUUGAAAAAGACUCCGACGCUCGCGAAGCCUUUGAACGUCAAGUCCGCGAAGAGAAGGAACGCCUUCAAGCCCUUCGCGAAUCUCGUGAAGUUCCUGAUACUCCUAAAAAGCUAAUUGAAUACUUCCUUGACACUGAAACUCAGAAUUUUGAAUUUGAGAUUGCGAGAAUGAGACCGCGAUUGAACGAGGAAUUCUUUUCGGAAAUAAAAUCUGAGCUAGGAGAGAUUCGAUUUGCUGUUAACAAAACACCGGCUAUGGAGGAUAGAUUGGUUGAGCUCGAGACUCUAGAGAAAGCCAUACGAGAAGGAAAAGAAGCCUAUGAUAAGAUGCAAGAUGAUCUCACAAAAGCCAAGGAAAAUCUAACCAAAAUCUUGACAUCAAAGGAUGUGAAAGCAACUCUGUUGGAUAUGGUUGAACGCAAUGAGAUUAACCGAACUUUGUUGACCCUUCUCGAUGAAAACAUAUCAUCUGCGCAUGGUGCCAACCAGACGCAAGCUGCACAAUUCAUGGAGAAGCUCCGUGGGGCUGUUCUCAAAUACAUUACAGUUUAGUGCAUAUAGUAUGUUUUAUUUUCUUAUUUUAUUAUCACCAUUUGUGGAAAACUCUGUCGUUGAUAACUGUAUCAAAUAUAUUAUAUAAAAGACUACAGAGCUGAGAUGUCACAGGCAUGUAGCAGAUUUAUUCACUGUGAUAUCAUGAUUCAUAGCAAAUGAAUUGUAAAUUUUGAAAUACUAGUAUGACUAAUGUAUAUUUAGUUGGAGAGCUGGUAAAAUUGUUUUUAAAAUCGCAAUAUACACAUUCUGUUAAUUAA